GCAGCGUUUGUGGAUGUCAAAAUUUACAAGGCUACCGUAACACUUCAUUCUUCAGCCAAGUGUUACGGCGAAACAAGUGCUCCCUUGGUGAUGUCCUAAGGUUCCACCAUGGAGAAUGGAGUGCAAUGCAGUAUGCGUUUCCAAGCAUCCAGCGGCACCCUAGGGGUCCACGUCAGGACCCUCUCCCUUUACGGGACUUCCCGCGCCAUCUGCGGGCCCCUCGCCCAGCGCCUGGACUUCUCCGCCGAUUUGGCACUGAAGGCUCGCUGCAAGCAGACGCGCGUGAACGAGAAGAUGGAGAUGACUGAACUGAACCGCCGCCUGGCCGUUUUCCUGGAGAAGGUUCGAGCUCUGGAGCAGCAGAACAGGCUGGCGGCCCAGCUGCAGCAGACCGGGGCCGCGGGGCCCGGCUGGGCGGCAGAUGUGUUCCGGGCGCAACUGAGGAAGCGAGCGGACAAGCUCGGCGCGGACAAGGACCGCUGAGAGAUGGACACGGGCAACAUGGAGGCCAACGUUGACGCUUCAAAACAGGGGUUGCAAGACGAAAUGAGUCUGCGGCCAGAUGCAGAGAACAAUCUCAGUGCCUACAGACAGAAUGUGGAUGAAGCGACCCUCAAUCGCCUUCAGCUGGAGAGGAAGGUGAAAGCCCUGCAGGAUGAGAUGAACUUUCUGAAGAAGCUCCACGAGGCGGAGCUGCAUGAACUGCAGGAGCAGAUCCUGGCCCGGCAGGUGUAUAUGGACGUGGACCUGUCCAAACCUGACCUGACCGUUGCGCUGAGGGACAUCUGGGUCCAAUAUGAGCGCAUGGCCUCCUUCCACAGGCUCGACACAGAGAAGUGGUACCGCUCCAAGUUUACCGACUUGACAGAGGCAGCCAAUCGUAACGCUCAGGCCUUACGGCAAGCCAAGCAGGAGGCCAAUGAGCACCGACAGCAGGUCCAAGUGGUCACCUGCGACCUGGAGGCGCUCACAGGAACUAACAAGUCUCUGAAACAUCAGCUCAGGGAGAUGGACGACCGCUUCUCAGCCACGUCGGCCGCCCACCGGGACCUGGCGAGACGCCUGCAGGAAGAGCGCAACGAUCUGAAGGAGGAGAUGGGCCGACACCUCCGGGAGUACCAGGACCUCCUCAAGGUCUAGCUGGCCCUGGAUAUGGAGAUCACCACCUACUGGAAGCUACUGGAUGGAGUGGAGAACAGGAUUGCUCUUCCCUUCCAUAGCUCCUGCAACACGCAUUUUAGAGAAGGGCAAAGGCGGUGAAGAGGAGCAUCCCGGUGCACACUGUGGACCACAAAGAUGGGGAGGUCAUCAAGGACUGAACCACUGUGCACUAACAGAUUUUAUCUGUUCCUUCAUGACAACUUACUGUAAUUUGUUGGUUGCGGGGGUUGUUUCCAAAAAACAGGACAUUUUCCUCUCCCUCUCCUGCCGACAACCUUACAUUCGGAGUGCCCGCUCUAUAUCAGAAUAACCCUGGGAUGCCAAGUGAGUGUCGCUGUGGGAUCAGGAUGGAUUAAAG